AUGAAACAAUAUGCAAUUAAUGAUUGUGCUGCAGUUGUUGACUUAUUUUUUCACAUGUAUCGAGAAAAAGUAGACGAUCAUUACAUAUUGGAAACACCAACAACAACAUCAACAAAUAUUAUAAUGAAUUUGGAACAUGAAUUAUCGGACAAUAGUGAAGAUGAAUUAAUUCAAUAUCUCAAACCAAAGUUCGAUAAACGUGAAACAACACUAUAUCCAUCAGAUGAUGAAAAGAACAUCUUAGCAACACAACCAACAGAAGAAGAAAUGUGUGAAUUUAACAUGAACGAAGCUCAACAGGUAUAA